UUAGGAGUUCAUUUUACCAAACCAUUCUAAACGGAGGGUUUCGUUUAGGUUAGAACAUGUCUUCUCUUGGCAGCGCUUUGCGGCUCCUCCGGGCGGGGGCUAGCGCUCUGAGAAGUGGCCCUCAGAAGACCUUCUCCCGGAGGGCCGGCGGGGGCCCCCACAUAGUGCCGCAGUACCGGCAGUACCCCCAGGUCACUAAGAACCAGAAGCUCCAGGCUGAGAUUCUGAGCAGUACGAUGUGGUUCUGGAUGCUCUGGCACUUCUGGCACAGCUCAGACGACGUUCUGGGUCACUUUGCGUGGCCGGACGCGUCCCAGUGGACUGACGAGGAGCUUGGCAUCCCAGCAGACGACGAGGAAUAGUUCUGAGAGAUGGCACUCCGACAGAUCCCGGGGUUCGUCUGUCCAGCUAGAUGUCAUCCAGACAGACGAAAGCUUUGUUGUACAUAAUAAAGAUUCCUCAUGUAUUCUCA